CUGAGAUCAUCGGCUUCGUACAGUUGGAGAUCCAGAAAGGUUCCUUGGCUGAGGAGAUGAUGGAUGAGGGUCUAUAUAUUAUCAGAACGCCUUGCCCUGUAGAACCAUUCUCUCAUACCAAUACCAUACCAAAUAUUCACACAGCACACAAAAGAUAAACCUCACGAACAAACCUCAUUUUUUAAUAUCACAUCAAACCACAUCACAAUGGCCGGCCUCCUAGGAAACGUGACAAACACCCUCGACAACACCCUCACCGGCGGCGACAAAGAGCAAGGCCAAGGUGGGCUCCUCGGCUCGGUGGGAGGAACCGUCAACAAGACUGUUGACGGAGCGGGCAACGCUGUCGGACAGACCACCGACGGGCUUGGAAACACGGUUGGAAAGACGACCGAGGGCGUUGGAAAUACGGCUGGGGGAUUGACGGACACGGCGGGUGGGGCGGUGGGAGGUGCUACGGGGCAGCAGAAGCAGUAAGGUGUGGCGUUGAGUACAGGUU